AUGGCGACGAAUUGCGCCUGCAAGGGCAAAAGUCGCGAGCUUUUGACCGCAAAAAUAGCUCAAGAAGGUUUAAAAUGUUUAGGUAAAUGCAGUAAAUGUAAUGAAAACGAACCUGUUAUCAACUCUAGGGGCAAAACGUGCAGGGAAUGCUUCAUAAAGUUUGUUUCUCGGAUUUUCAGGUCAAACUUACGCACAAAAUGCAUAGAAAAGGGCGAAUAUAAAAGGAACUUUGUCAUUUUAGGCGACAGCGGCAUCAAUACUGUCACCUUGCUUCACAUGCUCCUCUGCAGGAACAACGACAGGGACAUUAAGUUGUCUAGCGAGGUAACUGAGCAUUCUGGCGUAAAUUGUAGUUCUAGAAGGCAAAGACUUCUCUCAGAGACCAUGGAAGGUCAGCAAAAGGAGCCCAGUAACAACCAAUUCAACGACGAGAGUUGUACCUCAACCGUCGCUAGCAAAGGAAACCUAGAAACUAGAAAGGCUGGUAAAGUAGAUAGUGACACCUUGAAGAAAGAACUUGAGAGAAUAAUAUCGCACAAAAUUGUGAGUGUAGACGAUUUGACGCUGGCAUCAAUUCUGCAUGUAAAUCUCAUCGGAGACCUUUCCACAGUUUCCAAAAGUUUUACUUCCGUCAUUAGUUCGACUUUUUCAUCAGUACUUGGCGCCGACGUUUGUCCCGAAAAUCUGAUUGAUGAGAAAUAUAUUGUACAGAAUAUCGUAUUAGGGUCCGUAAAUGUUACUUGUCUAAACUGUUGCUACUUUCUUCAUGCUCCACAAAUUGGUGCCAAAAAGGAGGAAUGCCCUGCAGGCGAUGAAUAUAAGGUAGAUGCGAAUGAAAUGGCCCACACUUGCAAUGAACGAUGUAGAUUGUUGCAAACCAAACUCAUUCAUCUCUACAAAACAGACAAGGACGGAUACACUCACAUUUCAAAUAUUUUAAGGAAUAAAAAUACAAAGGAGUAUAUAUCCCGAGAAAUUACCGGUAGUAUAUACGUUAUGACCCCUGAAACGCAGGAUAAUAUCUGCAAUACCAUCCUCUUUUUAACGUGUACAGGAAAUGGAGGAGUGAUGGCUUGCAAAACUGCAUUUUCAGAUAAACAUACGCUAGAUGGACAUGCUACUCUAGUUCGGCCCCUAAAGAGUAUUAGUAGUAAAGAAGUUGCAUUUUAUCAUCGACUAAAUGGAUUAUCAGAACGUAAUUUUUUCUAUGAUGGUACCAGUAAUAGCGUCGACCAAGGGUUUACUACAAGACGGGUUGAUGAGCAUCUUACCUCCAUGAUGGAUUGUAUAAACAGCUUUACGACUUACAUCAAUAACAUCCAUCUCAACACAUUUCACAACAUAACAAAUGUUACAAACAAGCUGGUACAACUUCCAAUGUCCGAAACCAGAUGCAAAGUGUGUGGAGAAAACAGCCCUGGAGAUCCAUCGAAUGGAACAAUGUGUGACGUCUGCCUCUUGUUUUGUAAAAGGAAUCUAAAUUUCAGGGAUUUAAUUAAUGUUAUUGUCAAGUUUUGA